AUGUCAUACCUCAACAAUCCAGCUGUUGUGAUGGACAAUGGUACUGGUCUCAGCAAACUAGGAUUUGCUGGAAACGACUCCCCAUCUUUUAUCUUCCCAACCGCGAUUGCCACAGCACAACCCUCAAGUACUAAGAAGGCUACCGCUACCACCGUUUCUGGCGGUUCAGGAAACUCGAGCAGUACAAAUGCUUUCUUUGGUAAUACCACGUCUGCUACUGCUUUUAACAGCUCCCAGACGGGCUCAUUGCUCUCGAACAAUUUGGCAGGUAAGAGAGGCACCGAAGAUUUGGAUUUUUACAUUGGUAAUGAAGCGUUAAUUGCAUCUCAGGGACCGUCAUACUCCUUGAGUUAUCCAGUAAGACACGGACAAGUUGAAAAUUGGGAUCAUAUGGAAAGGUUCUGGGAGAAUUCUAUUUUUAAGUACUUAAGAACCGAGCCAGAAGAUCAUUUUUUUCUACUUACCGAACCACCUCUAAAUCCACCUGAGAAUAGAGAGCAAGUAGCGGAAAUUUUCUUCGAGUCAUUCAACUGUGCAGGCUUAUAUAUUGCUGUUCAAGCUGUAUUGGCAUUGGCCGCUUCUUGGACAUCUUCCAAGGUCGUUGACAGGUCUCUGACAGGUACAGUUAUCGACUCUGGUGAUGGUGUUACACAUGUUAUUCCCGUGGCCGAGGGUUAUGUCAUAGGAUCCGCAAUUAAAAACAUCCCAAUUGCCGGAAGGGACAUUACUUUAUUUAUCCAAUCCUUACUAAGAGAACGUGGUGAAGCUGACACCUCCUUAAGGACCGCUGAGCGUAUCAAACAAGAAUACUGCUAUGUGUGUCCAGAUAUUGUCAAAGAAUUCAAUAAGUUCGAUAGAGAUGGAGAAAAAUUUGCACAAUUUGUUGUAGAGAGUCAAGAAAAGACAAGAAAGAAAAUUGUUGAUGUUGGAUAUGAAAGAUUUUUGGCACCAGAAAUUUUUUUCAAUCCAGAAAUUGCAUCUUCAGAUUUUUUGACACCUUUGCCAACUAUUGUUGAUCAUACCGUUCAAGCAUGCCCUAUUGAUGUCCGUAAGGGACUUUACACCAAUAUUGUGCUUUCAGGUGGAUCUACUAUGUUUAAAGAUUUCGGUCGCCGUUUACAAAGAGACUUAAAAUCGAUAGUAAACAAUAGAAUUGCUCAAAGUGAACAGCUCAGUGGUACAAAAUCAACGGGUGUUGAGGUGCAAGUUAUUUCUCAUAGGAAGCAAAGAAAUGCAGUUUGGUUUGGUGGUUCAUUAUUGGCUCAGACAGCAGAGUUCAAGAGCCACUGUCAUACUAAGAAGGAUUACGAGGAAUACGGGCCAGAGAUAGUCAGAAACUUCAGUCUUUUUAACAUGGUCUAA